AUGUCGGACUCAACAAAGCCCCCAUCUAUCCCCUCUUGGCAGCGGCAGUCUGCCUCGUCAACCGAUCAAUCUCCGUCCCAGUCACCCUCCCCAUCGCCGAGCUCCGACGAUGCGCCCGCCUCCACCUCACGAGAAGAUCUCGUCAACCAAGCAUCCCGAUUCCUAGAAGAUGAGUCGAUCCGUGAUUCCUCCACAGAUCGAAAAGUCGCUUUCCUUGAAUCCAAAGGGCUGAGUUCCGACGAAAUUCAACAACUUCUCGGCGUCUCCCGAAACCAAGAGGCGACCAGCAGCACCGCGAGCACAACCGAGGAUAACGCGCAAGAAACACCAGAGACCUCCUCCACUUCUAGUGAGACUGAAGCCACACCUUCAUCUCCCGUUAAUGCACAACCAUCAUCUCCAACCUCAUCGCCAUCUCCCACCAUGUCUCAACGGCGCCCGCCGACCGCAGCCACCGCCGCCACUUCCUCCCCCUCAUUCACAAAGCGCGACGAGCCCCCAAUAAUUACCUACCCCGAAUUCCUCUUUGAGCCUAGCAAGCCUCCACCCCUGGUUACAAUGCAAAGCGUUCUGUACACUUUAUACGGCGCCGCCGGUCUCGGCGCUAGCAUCUACGGUGCAAGCGAGUACCUCGUGAAACCAAUGCUCGCGAGCCUUUCCAGCGCGCGCCACGAGCUAGCAGAGACAGCCCAGGAGAACCUAAAAAAGCUAAAUGAGAAGCUCGAGAAGACCGUCUCUAUGAUCCCGCCCCAUCUCACAGCCCGCAAGGACUCCGCUGAGGCCGAAGAAGACGCGGACGAGUCCGAGAGUGUGACCUCUGACCCGACGGAGCUUUUCCACCGGGAUAUGGGGACGCAGACCACACCGGAUGUUUCUUCUUCUUCUUCCUCACUGCAGUCUGCUGCGAAGGAAAGCGAUGAGAAGGCAGCGGAUGCGCCCGCUGUCGCGGUGGCGAACCAUAUGACCCGGUUGGAAUCCAUCCAAUCGCAGUUGAAGGAGAUUGAUGAGCUUGAGAAGGGUUCUAGUACAUCCGACGAUGGGUUGCGCACAAAGCUGAGUGAUUUGCACCAUUAUCUUGAUGGGUUGAUAUAUGCGGCUCCUACGUAUACCGCUGCCGGGGGCUCGUAUGGUCUUUAUAGUGGGAAGACUAGUUCUGGGACAGAUGGAACCUCGACUGGGGUGCGCAAGGCUGAGGAUGAUGCGAUUGCGAGCUUUAAAGCGGAUAUUCGCGGCGUUAAGGGUGCGCUGUUGAGUGCGAGGAACUUUCCUGCUAGUCGGGGUGGUAGACUUGGGGGCAUUACUGCUGGCGCAAGAUGA